AUGCCAUCCUCAGCUACUUGCCCAGGCUCCUCCCGCCGAAGCGCAAGACUUCGAUUCGCAUCGUCACUCCCACAAACACCAACGUCUCAUCCUAAUGAUGGCUACCGCAUGCUUCGAUUCCAAGCCGCUCUUCCAACCUCGGACGUCCAAGACAGCGCCCCAACUCACCAGCAUAUUGAGCUGUGUUUUCAUUCUGAAUUCACGCCGCAUGGACAACGAGCGUUGAGUUUAUAUAUCGAUGAUUCGGGCAUGGCCGUAACUCGUCCUACUGAAUUGAUUCGGGAACCGCCGCCAAAUGGGUUGAUUGUCAAUUGUGGCAUUGUUAACCUUCUUGAUGAGGAGGACGAAGGCCAGGACGAGGCUGGCGAUGGCCAACGACAAGAGACUCAGCAAUCAUUAACAGCAGAUCGCCUUCACCUGCUAAGAACCCUCGCCGUACUUGGGGCUGCCAUCGUCAUUGCGGGACUCUAUUUGAUUUACACCUACACUCACGUCCACUCGCCGAUAUCUCCCAUGAAACCAUUCCCUCCACUGGAAAACAUCGUCUCCUCAACUCUAGCCAUUCCAAUGGUGGCUUAUCAUUUACUGUUCAACAUCGACCGCAUUCCGCGCGCGGAGCCCAAUUCACUCCAACUUCUGAUCCCGCCGCCGCCUCACAGCAUCACCAACAAGAAGACCGCCGAUACCGUCAAGCCUACCGUUGAUACACUUGUUAAUGUAUUCUCCGAUCGAUUGGAUACUCUUGCGGGUUACCACCCGCUCGACGACACCGCAGUGGUCUGCGAGACUUAUAGUCAAGGCAGUCUUUGGCAUCUGAAUACGAUUGUUCAAAGCUACAAGCUGCAUGCAAAUAUUUUUUGGGGUCAGGUGGUUAGCGAUACUGGUCUUUACUAG